CGGAGAGGCAGUCACGUGAUUUAAUUUCCCGCGAAAUCUGUUGUGUGUUCUUGUUCGUAGUACAGAACAUUUUAGCAAAUUAAGAGAAUGGCUGUCGAAAUCGAUCAGCGUUUACGUGACAUCCAGAGGGAAUACUUGGACUUUCUUGACGAUGAGGAAGAUCAGGGAAUUUAUCAGCAAAAAGUUCGUGACAUGAUUACCAACAAUGAAAUUCGCUUAACUGUCAAUGUCAAUGACCUGCGCAGGAAAAAUCCUAAACGAUGUGCAGCCCUUGUGGACAAAGCAUUUGAAGAACUUGCAUGUUUCAAUCGUGCACUUAAAGAAUUUGUGCAGUCUAUAGACCCAGUUUACAGUAAACAGAAUGAGGAAUUUCACACAGGACUAGAAGGAAGUUUUGGCAGUAAACAUGUCACACCAAGAACACUCACCAGCAAAUUCUUGGGUAAUCUGGUGUGUUUGGAGGGCAUAGUCACCAAGUGUUCACUGAUUCGGCCUAAGGUGAUACGCAGUGUUCACUAUUGCCCAGCUACCAAAAAGACUUUAGAGCGUCGAUACACUGAUAUGACAUCCCUGGAGGCCUACCCAUCUGGGGGCCUCUACCCAACAAAGGAUGAAGAUGGGAACCUUUUGGAAACAGAAUAUGGACUUUCAGUGUACAAAGAUCACCAGACAUUUAGUAUACAGGAAAUGCCUGAGAAAGCACCUCCAGGACAGUUGCCACGCUCUGUUGACAUUGUCGCAGACAGUGACCUUGUUGACCAGUGCAAGCCUGGAGAUAGGGUGCAAGUGGUUGGCACAUACAGAUGUCUUCCUGCAAAGAAGAACAGCUUUACUUCCUGUAACUUUAGGACCAUUCUGAUUGCAAACAAUAUCUCACUAAUGAGUAAGGAAACUGCUCCCAUCUUUUCUAUGGAGGAUGUUGCCAAAAUCAAAGAAUUUGGGAAGCAGAAAAAGGAUGUGUUUGAAAUUCUUGCUCGUUCUUUGGCUCCCUCCAUCCAUGGCCAUGAGUAUAUCAAGAAAGCAGUGUUAUGUAUGCUGCUAGGUGGCACUGAGAAAGUUCUGGCUAACGGCACGCGAAUCAGAGGGGAUAUUAACGUUCUGCUUAUUGGUGAUCCUUCUGUUGCCAAGUCUCAGAUGCUAAGAUACGUGCUGCACACUGCACCAAGAGCAAUUCCAACAACAGGUCGUGGGUCAUCAGGAGUUGGUCUCACAGCAGCAGUGACCACCGAUCAAGAGACAGGUGAAAGACGACUUGAAGCUGGUGCCAUGGUGUUGGCAGACAGGGGCAUUGUUUGCAUUGAUGAGUUUGACAAAAUGUCAGAUAUUGACCGCACAGCCAUCCAUGAGGUGAUGGAGCAAGGGCGAGUAACCAUCUCUAAGGCGGGCAUCCAUGCCAAACUGAAUGCACGUUGCAGUGUACUAGCUGCAGCCAACCCUGUUUAUGGACGAUAUGAUCAGUAUAAAACACCAAUGGAAAAUAUUGGACUGCAAGAUUCCUUGCUGUCCCGUUUUGACUUGCUUUUCAUUGUGCUUGAUAAAAUGGAUCCUGAGCAUGACCGUCAGAUCUCUGAUCAUGUUCUGCGAAUGCAUCGCUACAGAGCUAACGGAGAACAAGAUGGUGAUGUACUGCCAAUGGGAAGUGAUGCCAGUAUACUAGCAACACGAGACCCAGAUGCUGAUGAGCAGGAACAGACUGACACCCCCAUGUAUGAAAAAUAUGACCACAUGCUUCAUGGAUCAUCACGGAAGCGCAGUGAUCGCAUUGUCAGCAUGCAGUUCAUGCGAAAAUAUGUUCACGUAGCCAAGGCCAUCUCUCCUGUGCUGACACACCCUGCAUCAGAGCUGAUUGCUGAGGAGUAUGCUCAACUCCGGAGUCAGGACUCCCUACAGCAGGACAACCUGGCAAGGACACAGCCAGUCACUGCCCGAUGUUUGGAAACUAUGAUUCGUUUGGCCACUGCACAUGCCAAAUGUCGCCUGUCCAAAACAGUCGAUCUGCAGGAUGCAGAAUGUGCUGUAGAACUUGUUCAGUUUGCCUACUUCAAGAAGGUACUUGCCAAGGAGAAGAGAAAGAAAAAGUCUAAAGGCAGCGAUGAUUCCAGCAGUGACGAUGGUGGUGAUAGUGAUGGUGCUGAAGCCCCUCCUCGCAAGCGGCAGAGAAGACAAAGUCAAAGGAAAAGAAAACCAAAUGUGGAAGGAGGAGAAGGUGACGAUCCCUAUGACUUUGCCAAGUCUGAAACAGAGGGAGAAGAAGAGCCAGAGUCUCUGGAAACCAGUCGUAGAAAGCGUCGCCAGUCUGAGGGUUCAUCCACUCCAUCCACACCUGCACCUGCUCAGGCGAGUGUGCAGGUUAGCCAAGACAGGUUGAAUGCCUUCCGGACAUCACUGUACAAGUUGUUCCAGGCUCAGCGUGCACAGUCUGUACAGUUGGAUCAAGUCGUGACACACGUCAAUGCUGAGCAUCCUGAUGAACAGUUCAGCAAGGAAGAAGUUACCUCUGCUAUCCUAGCAAUGAUGGAUGAAAACCAAGUUAUGCUUUCUGAUAACAUUGUCUUCUUGAUUUGAGCUGUUCAUUGCUACUUCAUUGAAAGAUUUUGGAUUAAGCUUGAUGGUAAAUUCCACAACAAAGCAGGAUUGUGUUAAAAUAUUGUUUGUUUCGGUUUGGAAAUGAAUAAAUUUUAAGAAUUGUAACAGACUAGGGCUUUGCUGUUCAUAUUGUAGUUAUUAGAUUUUGUGGGGUCUUUAUGGGAAAAAAUGCUGCAAUACAAUGCUUAACUUUAAGGAUCAGACUUGCAUCAUGGAUAUGAUUUUUGUCAAGCGAGAUAUAGUGAGAACACAAAAUGUAUCAAUUAUUUAUGCUUUUGAAUGUAGAAAUCUUAGGAUUUGCUAAAAUCUGUGAAGUAGUAUGGAAUUGCUGUACACAGUUCUAUGGGACAAAAUUUUGGGUUUCUUUUUUUUUUUUCAGAAGGUGGGAAAAUAGAAGGAAAGACUAAUUAACUUUAGGCCUAGAUCUACAGAGAUUGGAUGUAGAAGAUGGACUUUUUAAAAAAUAUUAUUGAAAUAUGCAACCGCACUUUUUACUCAAAUUAGGCAGUGUAGUCUGGCUAGAAAUCAGUUGAACUAAUUUGGUGCUCUUGCAAGAAAGAAAUAGAAAUCUUCCAUGAUAACAUUUUCUGCAGAUUAUAGCAGUGUUGCAACAAAUCAUAAAGUACCAGACCAAAACAAUAUAUAAAAGCACACAGAUUUGUGACUCAUGAAGGAUGAUGACAAGUUGAAUGUCUUGAUAGUACUUAUGGAGUUGAACUGCUUCCCUUCUAACAACUUGCUAACAUUUUGGUGUUCUAAAGAGACAUUCUGCAGACUGCUAUGAGCAGCAAAAACAAAACAACAAAAAAAAAACCACAACUAAUGUGCAGCUAUUUGACAUGUACUAUGACAGGAACUGCAGCAUGGAUUACAGUUAUCUAAAAUGAAUGGAGCAAGCUGGGAGCAACUGCUGGCUGCAUAUCUUUCAUCAUCCCAUAUGUUAUUGUACAGACGUUUGUAUGUUAUGCUGCAUGUGUUCGUGUGUGCCAUUCUUUUUGCCUGUAGGGCAGCAAUAUGGCAUUAUACAUCUUUUUAUAUACAUAUUUCAAGCAUUUAUUCUGCAUACAGGCAUGACAUAACAUUUGCCUGAACUUGAUAAAAAGUAAUUCUGCUCCAGCAUGUUGUAUGGACAAAAUGCUAUUAGCUUUACUAUUUGCUGGUCAUUCAUCCAGUAACAAAUGUUUGUCUCAUAUUCUAAAAAUAUAAAAAUCUAUGAUGAAGGAGCUCACAUUCAAAAACUAUAAAAAUCCAUGAUAAAGGAA